AGUCUAUGAAUACUAUACCUUGUACAGGACCUGUCCUCCGUCAGCUGAAAUACGGUGAGCGUUGCGAUCCAUUGAGCGAUAUCUGCACACAAGAAUCCAUUUGCAUUGAUAAUGUGUGCAAAUGCGGACCUGGAUACGCUUUGAGUCCUAGUGGAUGGUGCGAGAAAUUCGAGUUCAAUGUGGGUAGCAAAGUCCCACAAACAUUCCACGAAAAUCUUGCACAUACCCGACAAACAGUCCCUACACAAGCAAUUCCUACACAACCUCCUGUCGUCAUCCAAACUAUUCUGGAAACUGUACAAACUACUCACGAGACCGCUGCCACUCAGGCUCCUACGCGUCCGAAAGUGAUACGCCAUCGUUUCCUCGGCACCAGAUGUCGUGACAAUGAUGUCUGCAUCAAUGGUGGAGAAUGUCGUGACGGUAUCUGUCGCUGCCCUGAGAAUUUGUUCGAACGCGAUGGACGCUGUCUACGAGCGGAUCAACUCCCUAAAGCAGCUCCAAGUGAAUCCUGCGCCAGAGGCGAAAUGUGCACCGGUGGUUCGAUCUGUGACAACGAUUCAAAGAUCUGUAUCUGCGCUGCCGAUCAUAUCAUCAUCGAUGGAGUUUGCAGGAGCAAAGAUGCUACUCCAUUCGCAGCACCGGGUCAGUCGUGUACCCGCGGUGAGGACUGUUCGGGCGGUUCGUUCUGUGCUGAUGGUUUCUGCCAGUGCGACAGUAAUCAUUUCAUUGAAGAUGGAUACUGUAGACAUAUCGCAUCCAGAUCUUCUGAAAUCAAAUACGUUGCCGGAAAUGGUCUUCGCUUCAGUUCCAAAGCUUUCGCACCAAGACAACCUGCGACUCCUUGUAAUGAAACAACUUGUCGCCUUCCCGAAUGCUUCUGCUCUCGCACUGGGCGAAAACCACCUGGUGGCCUUGCUCCUAACAGCAUACCUCAGUUUGUCGUGCUUACCUUCGACGAUGCUGUGAACGGACGAACGCUUCCGGAUUACAAAGAAUUGUUUGAAACAGUUAAAUACAGAAAUCCAAAUGGCUGUCCCGUGAAGGCUACGUUCUUCAUAUCUCAUGAAUGGACAAACUACGAUGGUGUGCAGUGGCUGUUCCAACAAGGAAUGGAGCUUGCAUCUAAUUCAAUUUCACAUGUAUCUCUGGAAGGAUCGAGUGCUAAUCGAUGGCUGAAUGAGAUGGAUGGCCAACGACGUAUCAUAGCUAAAUUCGCUAAUGCAUAUGAAGAAGAAAUUGUGGGAAUGCGUGCACCACAACUUGCCUUAGGAAGCGAUGAACAGUUCGAAAUGAUGGCACGUGCUGGUUUUCUCUAUGACAAUUCUAUGUCUGCAAAUCCUGGUGUGAAGGGUGAUCCAUACUGGCCUCAAACACUUGAUCAUUCCGUUCCAUGGGAAUGCUAUGAUGCAAAUUGUCCGAAGAGCUCCUUCCCCGGUAUAUGGACAGUUCCGUUGAACCAGUUCUAUGGAACUUAUCUACCUCAGAUUGACGGAUUCCGUAGAUCGAGUAUGAUACGUGCAGCUGUGGAUUUGAAUACAACUGUGGAUCAGUUGACAAAUAUGCUCUUCUCCAACUUUGAUAGAAGCUACACAGCAAGCCGUGCCCCUUAUGUGCUUGCGCUAAACGCGGAUCUUCUCCAGCUCAAUGGUAAAAAUACUGGCAUGCAAGCGCUACAACGAUUUUUGGAGGAAGUUCUGUACAGAAAAGAUGUCUAUGUGGUAACGCUCAAACAACUUCUGCAGUGGAUGAAAAACCCUAUCCCGCUCAGUCAAAUAACACAGUCAGAAGCCGUGAAAUGUGCACAAGGACCAUUGCACCAACAUCCGGCUAUGUCCCAGAGGUCCUGCUCUAAACCGAACAAAUGCAUGUAUCGAACACCUGGUCUAAGUAGUCAGGAACAUCAAUUCCUUACCUGUUCCCCAUGCCCCGAACAAUAUCCUUGGCUUGACAAUCCAAUUGGCAAUAUCACCCCUUGAAAGAUGAGACUAGCUCUAGACUUGUAAUUCCGAAACUGCCUGUUCACGAGCUAUUUGUAGUCGGUUAGGUCUGAAUUGACACGAGCAUUUGUAUAAAAUGUAAUAUCGUUUCCAAGCCGGUGUCAUAAUCUCUUCUUGUCUUUCACUCUUGAUGCUUAUUUCUCUGCGUGUAUUGUAAUUUAUUCCGCUCAGCAAAGAGGGUAUUAAAUAUUCUGGUGC